AUGCGUGGACAGCUGAUUUUAAACUUGGAGCGGAGGAAUACGAGAAACGGAGUUGUAAUGGCGGAUGCAAAGUAAGCUGUCAAAAAGUAUGCUGCAUUAUACGUUUGCUUUAAUUCAUGAACGAUCAAUUAUAAUUUAUCGGUGAUUAAACGAAGGGAAUGUGCGUUAAGUAUGAACAGUUAUGAAACCGGCAAUCCGAUCGACGUAAUUUGUAUAUAUAAGUAAAAAAACGAAUCUUUUGUACAUACCAAUUAACACGUCUCUUUAAACGUUUCUACUUUACGAUGAUGAAUAAUCGGAGGCGAACAAAUAAUUUCACAUACGUCAGUUCGUGCGUGAAGUACAUGAUAUUUCUGCUCAAUUUUAUUUUCUGGCUGUUCGGUGGACUCCUGAUCGGAGUAGGUUUAUAUGCAUUUGUGGAUAAAUGGCAGGCAACUGGCUCUGUCAGAGUGGAGAAUGUGUAUGACGUAGUCCUCAAUAUUUCUCUCGUGAUGGUAAUCGCAGGAGGAGUAGUCUUUGUAGUUAGUUUUGCCGGAUGUGUUGGAGCACUACGUGAAAAUACUUGUCUUCUCAAAUUCUACUCUUUAUGCCUCUUGGUGUUCUUUUUGCUUGAGAUGGGGAUAGCAAUUGUUGGUUUCGUAUUUCCGCACACAUUACAAUCUUUACUGGAAGAAUCGUUCACAGAUAAAAUUAUACAAACCUAUAGAGAGGAUCCUGACCUACAAAAUUUUAUCGACUUUGGACAACAAGAAUUUAGAUGCUGUGGCUUGAGUCAAGAAGGAUAUCUAGACUGGGGAAAGAAUGAAUAUUUUAAUUGCUCCAGUCCUAGCGUAGAACGUUGCGGUGUACCAUUUUCUUGUUGCAUUAAUGCUACAGACAUAUCGAGCGGUCUCGUUAACAUAAUGUGUGGCUACAAAGUACAAAUGCUGCCAGUGUCUGAAGCAGGGAAGAAAGUCUGGACUAGCGGUUGCAUUGAAAUCGUCCGGAGUUGGGCAGAACGUAAUUUAUACACGAUAGCUGGAAUUGCUUUGGGUAUAGCUCUUAGCCAAUUAUUUGUCAUUUACCUUGCUAAAACAUUGGAAGGUCAGAUUGAACUGCAAAAAUCUCGCUGGCAUUCCUGAGCUUGACUUCAGGCCACCUACCGCUAUCAGAUCCAUUCCCCUCCUAGCAGGCAGGUGGCCAACGGCCGAGCAAAAGGCCAGGAUAACGAAACAAAUCUAAAUGUUCGUAUGACAUUGCUCGUUGUUUUCGCGAUCUCCGUAUACAUACUUUGCAUCCUUUCUUUGAUCAGAUUCGCUCUUUACUUCAAGGACUAUUUCCAUCUAUACUUAAACAAAGGCUAAUUUUUACUUCCUUUCUUGAUAUUAUACUAUUUUUAUAACUUCUUUUUUUAUUCUCUACUUUAUUUAUCUACAAAUUUUGUAUCUUUCACGACAGAUCCUUAAGCAACAUAGCCAUAUAUUUUAUCGUCGACUUUUAUACACGAUCUGAUUACUUUUAAAUCAUAGUUGCUCCAUCUAAAGUAGAGCGUAUUCACGAUUGAAUUCCGUUCAAUCCACGCGUUCAAUAGCGCGUACCUUUUUGUUGCAAAAAGUACUUACAUGUGAAAAGAAAUUUUUACUUGCCGCGGAAUCGAUUAAUUUAAAGUGAUCAGCACACGUCGAAGCAAGCGUACACUCGUACGAUAUUAAAUUUCAUAUGUUGGUAAUUUUUGCACCAGAAUUUUAAAUCAUAAUUCGCACAUUACAUGUAAUAGAUUAAUAAGUAUUAAAUGCAUCAAAGCCUUUUAAUGUUCAGCAAAAGACUUACAUAAUUUACGAAGUAGUGGUAUGUCGUAACAGAUUAUCGAACUAUUAUUUUUACUCUUAUUUAUAUGAUUAUUUCUAAGAACAUGUGUGUUGUUAUACAACUUUUUUCUUUAUUUGUUACGCCAAAAUGAGAAAAUUAAUGGUACGGUUAAAACACGCACAUAAUUGAAAAUAUAAUGCGACAUCUUUUUUGCUAUGUCUAUAUUUAUCUUUUUUAAUAUUCAUAUAUUAUAAAAUAUAUAAUUCUUUCAUGCUACACUAGUGCAAUUCAUGUAAGAAAAAAAAGAAACGUCCAGUGCCAAAGUCAAAGUAUCAUCUUAUCAUUUUAUUUGAAACAACCCUGACAAUAAUCUGGUGUAAAUGAUUUGUUUAUUGAGUGCAUACAUAGUAUAUCUGUGCAUCUUUUUAUCAAGAGUAAAUGUAAAACUUAUAUAUAAAACUAUCUAGUUUGUAAUAAACAAAUAUUAUUCUAAAA